GAUCUUCAGUCUAAACAUGAGAAAGACAAAAACAAGAUGAAGAUCCAGAUUGAACAAAUGAAUAAAGAAAGAGAAGAACUGAUGAAGAAACAUGAAGUAGAGAAAGAGAGAAUGAAGAUGAUGAUGAAGGAGGAACGACAGAAACAGGAGAAAGAGAAGAAGAGCAGAGAAGAAGAACUGAUGAAGAAACAUGAAGAAGAGAAAGAGAGAAUGAAGAUGAUGAUGGAGGAGGAACGACAGAAACAGGAGAAAGAGAAGAAGAGGAGAGAAGAAGAACUGAUGAAGAAUCAUGAACAAGAGAAAGAAAGAAUGAAGAUGAUGAUGGAGGAGGAACGACAGAAUCAGGAGAAAGAGAAGAAAAGAGCAGAACUGAUGAAGAAACAUGAAGAGAAAGAGAGAAUGAAGAUUAUGGUGGAGGAGGAACGACAGAAACAGGAGAAUGAACGAAAGAAAAGAGAAGAGGAGUUUAAAGAAAGAGAGAACCAAAAUAAAAUACAGAUGAAAAGAAAACAAGAGGAAUGGGAGAAACAGAAACAAGAUGAAGAGAAGGGAAGAGAAGAAAACAAGCAGAUUUCAGAUAAACACAUUCAGAAACCCCAGAGUGAAAUGGAGGGAAUAAUCAAAGAGAAAGAGAGAAAGGAAAGAGAGAGACAAAAACAACUAGAGGAUUCAGAGAACAGACUGGAAGAAGAAAAGAUGAGAGAUGAUCAACAAACGAGUUUUAAAGAGAAACUGAAACUGCUUGAAAAACAACAUGAAGAAGAACGAGCGGAGUGGAGAAGGGAAUAUGACAGAGAGAAAGAGAAGAUGAUGAGGAAAAUACAGUCUGAAACUGAUGAUUCACUACAGGUUGCAGCCUACAGGAAACUGGAGACCAAAUACAGCGAGUGGUCCUGGAGUCUCCACAAUGCCAUGAUGGAAAUUGAGAACAAACUACACAACCAAAUAGAAAAUGAAGCAAUUCAAGAGGUUGAGGAAACUGAUCUUGACAGAGAACUGAAGACGACCAGUGAAGAAGUGGAAAAAUCCAUGUCAGAGUUCUUUGAGAAAGACACAGAUAAAUAUUUACUGAUUCAGUGGAAAACUUUGUUUAAAACUAAAAUCAAGAAGCUUCAGGAGAACAUUGUCAGAGAAGCAAAAAGGAAAUUAAAUGAGGUUCUUCAGCACCAUGACAUAAAUAGAAAGAUCGAUGCUCAGAGGACACAUCAUAAAAACACUCUCUAUGAAAAGUGCAAAGUAGCUGACAAAGAUAAAACAAAUGAUAAAAAAACAGUGAAGAAAUUUUUUUAUUCAGUUUGGGAGCAGAGUAUGGAGGAGAUCACCAGAGACACUUCUGCAAUCAUAGAGAUCGACAUAAUGAGAGAUGUAAGAAAGACCCUCAGUGACAUCUAUGAAAGUGCUCCUGUAGACCAAUGGGAGGACAGCAGGGAUAUUUUCAAUGUAAAAACUUAUUCACAUUAUGUAUGGCUGAAAAGAAACUACAGGCGCAGUGAUCUACUGCAAUUUACAAUGGAGUGGUUUGGCUACAUUCUGUCUAAAGCAGAUGAAGCCCAGAUCAGAUCAUUCGUCUCAGAUGUUGCUCAUCAGACAGACAGAAUGAUUCAGUCAUUUAACAUUACAAAGAUGGGCUACAACAUCAGCCUCAUUCAACAACUCAUAUAUUACAUCAACACAAGAGAAACAGAACAUGAGGAAGGAGCCGUGAAAUAUGUGUUCAAGGAUGAGUUCUUCAUUGAUUUGGUUUAUUCAAUCUGUAAAAGAGCAAACAAGAUGAUCACUGACCAACACAGACUCUUCAGAGAAGAUAAUGAUCCUGAAAUAUACUUAAAGAAGAAGAGAGAAGAGUACUAUAGUAUUUUCCACAAUUACUGUCAUGGAGCAAAACCAGCUGCUAUUUUUGCUGAGAUCAUCUGUCAGAAACUGAAGGAGCCCAUUGAGCAGAGCGUCUACAAGAAAACUGCCAGAGAUUUAGCAGAUGAAAUGAAAACAGACUGUGAAUCACUGAGUGGAAACAGAUCAAAGCUGGAGAAACACAUCCUGAAGACACUGGCAAAAAAGGAGGACUUUGACAAAUACAUGAACUACAUUGAACAUCCCCGAGAUCACUUCAAGAGUUUCAUCAGAGAUGAAGUCAGUCGCUACAUCAGAGAUAAGUUCAGAGUCAGGGUUUUACCCAAGAUGAAGGAGAACAUUAAACUCCUGCAGCAGAAGAUCAUGAACGCAGCACAUCAAUCUACUGAACAUGUUCAAGUCAACAGUGGAGAUGUUGGUUUGUGGUUGAAGAGUUUCACACAGCAGCUCUCAGAUCAGCUGAUCUUCUCUGAAAAAGACCUCAGUGGAGUCAAACAUGAUGAUGUUGAUGAUUUCAGACUCCUAGAAGAUGUGAUCAGACAAGAGCUUCCUGCUGUAAUGUCAGACAUCAGCAGCAGAUUCAACACAGACACAUUUCCAGUAAAGCUGGACUAUAAGUUCAGACCAGAUGAGCUUCUGAUUGAUCACUUCUGUCAGUGCUGUUGGGUUCAGUGUCCAUUCUGUGGAGUUAUCUGUACAAACACCAGAGAAAACCAUGAUGGAGAUCACAGUGCUCCUUUCCACCGUGUAAUUGGACUAAAUGGACAGUUUUGUGCAGGAACAAAAAACUUGUCUAUAAACAUCUGCACAUCAGCAGUAGCCAGUGAUCAAUCUUUUAAUCCCACUGCAUCAACUAAAUCAGUCCCCUGGAGAGAUUACAGAAGAGCUGGAGGAGUUUAUGCAGACUGGAGCAUCACUCCUGAUCUCCCUGAACUGCCCUACUGGAAGUGGUUUGUGUGCAGAUUCCAGAAAGAUCUGGAAAAAUACUACAGUAAAACAUUUGAGAAGAAAGGUAAUAUACCAGCUGAAUGGAGAAAUUACACAAAACAAGAUGCUGUUAAAAGUUUGCAAUAACACAUCUAUUGGAGGAGAUGAAAAAUGAGAAACUAAAUCAGUUAUUACCUGUAUACAUUGAUCAAUGAGAGUCUGAAUUCAGCUACAGCUUGGAUUAGUUGUAUCAAAUACACUGAACUCUAAAGACAAUAUUCAAUUCUUUUUAAAAGUGACUAACUGGUGUAACUACAUGUAUGAUGACCAAUCAAACAAGUUUAUCAUAAUGACUGUCAUUUAUUAUUUGUUUUCUAGUUGUGUAUAUUGUCUUGUGUGUGUGUGUAUCAAGUGUAAUGUACGGGCUGUAGCUGAAGAGCAGCUUAAGAAUGAAGAACAUUCUUAAAGAGCCCAUAUUAUGAGGUUUUUGAAAAUGCCCUUCCAUGUAGUGUGUAACACAGUUCUAAGUGAAGUGAAGUAUCCAGCUAAGGCUUAAAUCUGUUAGUGUACAGUGUUUAAAACUGUUGGUUCAUUUAUAAAAGAGUCGACUCAUAUUGCUUCAAACGAGUUGUCUUGAUUAUGAGUCAUUAUGCAUUUCGCCAUGACGUGACAACGAAACUAAGUUAUUCAUGUGCAUGCGCAAACCCGGGAGAUUUGAAACCUGCGGCCCCGCCCACUGACA